AUGCAUAUAUGCAGCACCAGAGUUGCAAACAAGUUAAGAGCUGAAAAUCCUGACAGAGUUAGAAAUGUUGUCGCUGUUGCUGUCAAGCUAACUAUUCUCUUAGGUCUUGAUCUUUGUUUGGCUCUAUUGAAUCAUCAUGUUGCCUGGGCUGGCCUCUUCAGUGAUAACGCGAAGAUAAUUAAGAAAUUUGCCUCCAUGAUACCUCUUCUUUUAAUAUCCUUUAUAUUGGAUUUCUCUCAAGGAAUUUUAUCAGGGGUGGCAAGAGGAUGCGGGUGGCAGCGUGGUGCUAUGUGCAUCAACUUGGCAACAUUGUACUUCAUCGGCAUGCCAAUAGCAGGCCUCGUUGCUUUCAAGCUCAACCUACACGCUCAGGGUUUAUGGAUUGGCUUGAUAUGUGGUCUAGCUUGUCAAGCUUCUGGCUUAUUGCUACUGACAUUAUUGACAAGAUCAUGGAAACAGAUCGAGGGUUCAACAAAUAGCAAUUGA